CCGUCUUCGCUGUCGGGAGCAGCGUUGCCGCCGCCACCGGCGGAGACCCCGAGCGAGAGUGACUGCUGAGGGGCGGCCGACCCAGAGCGAGCGGCGAACAAACAGCGCACAGCGAGGCCGGCCACCGUGAAGCUACUCCGGCUGGCGGGCCGUCGCGAUGUUUCCCAAGGAAGCGACGUUCCCCCGGGAGACGACUUGGAACAUCUCAUUCGCGGGCUGUGGUUUCCUCGGCGUCUACCACAUUGGAGUGGCCUCCUGCCUCCGAGAACACGCGCCCUUCCUGGUAGCCAACGCCACUCACAUCUAUGGCGCCUCGGCCGGGGCGCUCACGGCCACGGCACUGGUCACUGGGGCCUGCUUAGGUGAGGCUGGUGCCAACAUCAUCGAGGUGUCUAAGGAAGCCCGGAAGCGGUUCCUGGGCCCGCUGCACCCUUCCUUCAACCUGGUGAAGACCAUCCGUGGCUGCCUGGUGAAAAUCCUGCCUGAUGACAGCUACGAGCGCGCCAGCGGGCGCCUGGGCAUCUCCCUGACCCGCGUCUCCGAUGGCAAGAACGUCAUCAUAUACCACUUCAACUCCAAGGAGGAGCUCAUCCAGGCCAACGUCUGUAGCACCUUCAUCCCCGUGUACUGCGGCCUCAUCCCCCCGACCUUCCGCAGCGUGCGCUAUGUGGAUGGAGGCAUCUCCGACAACCUGCCACUCUACGAGCUCAAGAACACCAUCACGGUGUCCCCCUUCUCGGGCGAGAGCGACAUCUGCCCACAGGACAGCUCCACUAGCAUCCACGAGCUCCGGGUGACCAACACGAGCAUCCAGUUCAACCUGCGCAACCUCUACCGCCUCUCCAAGGCCCUGUUCCCGCCCGAGCCCCUGGUGCUGCGGGAGAUGUGCAAGCAGGGUUACCGGGACGGCCUGCGCUUCCUGCGGAGAAACGGCCUGCUGAACCGGCCCAACCCCCUGCUGGCGCUGCCCCCUGCCCGCCCCCCUGUCCGCCAGGAUGAGCGCGAGGACGAGGUGGCAGCAGAACGGGCUCGAGUAGCGGGCCACCUGCAGCCACCGGGGGAGGACCCCAUCCUGGAGCAUCUGCCUGCCCGGCUGAAUGAGGCACUGCUGGAGGCCUGCGUGGAGCCCAAGGACCUGCUGACCACGCUCUCCAACAUGCUGCCCGUGCGUCUGGCCACGGCUAUGAUGGUGCCGUACACUCUGCCCCUGGAGAGUGCUGUGUCCUUCACCAUCCGCUUGCUGGAGUGGCUGCCAGACGUCCCAGAGGACAUCCGGUGGAUGAAGGAGCAGACAGGGAGCAUCUGCCAGUACCUGAUGAUGCGCGCCAAGAGGAAGCUGGGCAGCCACCUGCCCUCCAGGCUGUCGGAGCAGAUGGAGCUGCGCCGCGCCCAGUCGCUGCCCUCCGUGCCGCUGUCCUGUGCUGCCUAUUAUGAGGCGCUGCCGGGCUGGAUGCGCAACAACCUCUCCCUGGCAGACGCACUGGCCAAGUGGGAGGAGUGCCAGCGCCAGCUGCUGCUCGGCCUCUUCUGUACCAACGUGGCCUUCCCGCCGGAUGCGCUGCGCAUGCGCCCCACCUGUCCCAGCGCUGCGUCCCCGCAGCACCCUCCCGGCUUGCCCCCUUGCUGAGCGCCUUCCCAGCUCCCUGGGUCCUAGUGUUGAGGGCCAAGCCCCCCAGCUUCCCUGCUACUUGGGGGGGGGGAUGCCCUGGGGCUGGCUGAGACCCUCCUCCCUGGCCCCUCCAUUGCCGGUGGAGUGAGGAAUGGGGACCCUGGGGGCUGCGAGAAGGGUCUUUGCUAUCAACUCCUCCACCAACCACUCACUAGCUGCACUGAGUCCGCAGAGGGCCCCUCACCUGUGCCUCAGUUUCCCCUCCCAGGCCUAGCGCGGCAGGGCUGGGGCCCUGCAGGGGGCAGUGGUCACUGCCCCUAGGAACUUUGUAGCUGCUCCUCCCUCUGCAGUGUUCACAUGUUACCGAAGAAGGUGUGUGAAGCGUUAUUUAUUUUUCCUGAAGCAGAUGUAAUAAAUGCCAUGCUCAGUC